GCUCGAUCGCUAGAGGAUGGGUUAGCCGGCGUGGAAACGCUAAAUAAUUCCAGGGUUCGUGGUUGGUUGGGUAACUAGAUGACUGGCUUAAAAUCAAACGGAUUUUCUGUGCUUGAACUUGUCGAUUCAAGGGAUGCAUAUCAAUUUUAAUAUACCGCGGAAGUAUAUCCAGCGCAUCCGGCAGCAUUUCUUUUUCAGCAAAGAUGCGACAGCAAAUGUAAGCUGGUGAAUCCUCACGCGUAUCCCACGCUUUCCCCCAAAGGACCUCUUAGCAAAAGUAAGCUGCUACGAUGACCUUUUGAGCCAGCGUGAUUAUCUUGCUCCUGCCGAUACUCCAGAGGAUACACCUCUUUUUGAUCUUUAUCGCCUUUACGAACACCUUGAUCUCAAUCGCACCAUAGACAUACGCAACGAACUGGGAAGGUUCUGGUUCAAUAGGUGGUCGGUCUCAUCCAUCGCUGACCCAAAAGAUCAUUCAGAGCGUGAGCUGUUCUAGCCGCUAUCCCUGCGCUCAUGGUAACCUCGUUCAAUAAACGAGUAGAGAUUGGGAUACCUCGAUCGGCUGAUGCUAUUAUACUUCCUGAAGAGAUGGAGAUGUAUCUGAAUGCGCCCAAGAUAUACGGAACGGUUCCUGAGUGCCCGAAGAAGGUUGAGCCGCUGGAAGAAGUGUUGAAGAUGGCGAAGUGCUUGAAUCAUUUGAGGACCCAAGAGCAGGUAGGGAACUGCAAGAAAAGAGUAUUUUAUGUUGGCAGCCACAUAUCCACUUCAUAUAAGCCUACUGAGAGAGCAUUUUAUAUCUUGUACGUGCGUGAUAUGUGCACAAAUAUGUAUGUAAUCUUUUUGAUGAAACGAAUUACGAUGCUAGUUCUUUGAUAUAUAAGAGAUGGAUAGCUACAUCUAUGUGAGUGAUUUGCCUUUCAAUGUUCGAAACCUCCUUGUGCGAACGAAUGCUAUACCGAAGGGCAUUUGCAUACAUUUUCACUUCGACAUAGAACUAGUGGUUUGUUCCUACAGUAUGUGACUCUCUGACUAACUCAAGGGCCAUUACAUCUCCAAUACAACGGGCGUCUUCUGGUCUCUAAUAAUAUUCGCUCCUGGCGCAAUAGCCGCAUUGAUCAAUAUCGUCUCCCGUGGCUGAGGAAGACCCAACAACAUCCGAACCCAUGCCACAGUCAUCCAAAAGCUCAUUCGAAAUAUUGCAGACAGUCCGCUUCUAUGGAGGUAUAUCUCAUC